AUGAUGAUGAUGAUGAUGUGCCGUGUGAUGUGUGUGUUGGCCGUUGUGCUGUGCUGUGCCUGCGGGUAUACCAUGGCUGCUGCUGCUGCUGUUGAUAAUGACAGUCCCAGUGGCCGUGGUGUAUCCCGUGGGGCUGUGGAGGUGUCGUGCGGGGCCGGCGGUGCGCUGCGUGUACGCCCCGCUGCUGAGAGCGAGUGGCUCACAUGCGGUGCGGGCAGCCGUGUGUCUGCAUGUGGGAAGUACGCAGACCUCUGCCGCCAGCGUACCGCAAGAGGAGCAGCAACAACAACAACCACUACUACUAAUAACACUACUACUGCUGGACAGCCAAAGGCGGUGAUGGCUGUUUUUGGUACUGCAACUGAUGGAGGAAAACUUCUAGUUGAUUGGGAUACUGCUAUUUAUAAUGAGCUUUGGGAGAAACAUCAUGAGAAGGAGUUAAAAAGGGUUUGUCGGGAGAACCAAACACGUGAAUAUGAAGGAAUAAAUUGUGCGAAGUGGUUAAAAUCUCACCCGCAACAGCAAGUAACUAACCGUGGAGAAAGUUCAGCAGGCCAGACAUUGGAGGAAAAUACAGGAAUACGUGGUGGUGUCGAAGAGAGGGAACUAAGCCAACAGGGUGGUACGCCUAGCUCUGGUUUACCUGAAAGGGCAAAUUCAGUGGUUAAUGGAGAAGGUCGAGAACGUGAUGGGGAUACACUCGGAGAAGCAAAAGCCUCUGGAAUUCCAAAGCAAGAGGUUGCAUCAGACGGCCCUGUAAGUGAUGAUAAAGCUGCAGAACAUAAUGAAGAAAUACCGUCGACAAAAAGACAAGGAGAAGACUCCAAUGUAGCUAUACAUGGUAAUCAAGGAACACCGAACAACACAUCUGUUAACACUGUAACCGGUGAAGACCAACCUACCCAGCAUUCAUCUCCAGCUUUUAAUGUGACUGCCGCACCAGAGUCAAAAGAAACCACUACCACUAACGAGACUACAGAUACCAGUGCUUCUGGUGCAGACAUGGGUGUGAGUGCGAAACCGGAAACGGAAGAAACCAUUUCCACUAACGAGACUACAGAUACCAGUGCUUCUGGCGCAGACAUGGCUGUGAGUGAGAAAACGGAAACAGAAGAAACCAAUACCACUACUUCGCCGAUCUCCGUGAACACCACCACAGAAACACCAACCACCACUCCAUCUCCUUUACCUGAGUCAAAGAUCAGCAGCAACAUCGCUUCCACCAUGCAGAUGAAGGCUAAUGCUGACAGCAGUGUCAGUCCUGUGUGGAUGCGCACUGCAGCACCGCUACUGAUUGUGGCUGUGUUGUUCUCCGCUACUGUGUACUGA